GUACUGCGUGUGCCCAGGCAAGGAAGACGUUGGGGGAGAAUACGACCUCACGGCUCGUUUGGGAGCGAUGGACGGGGGCGACCUUGGCGUUGGUGGGAAGCUGACGACAGCGAAGAGGACGGUAGUGGCAGCGGCUGUUACUGCAGUCCUCUUUCGUUGUCAGAUGGAGAGGACGGCGGGGAGAAUGAAAGCGCAGAUCCGCGCGAGGAGGAGGAAGGUAACGCAGUGCACAGCACUGGAAGGCCCUGGGUUGGACACCGCCGCCAUCUGCGAUGUCGUCAUUCACGUGUGCUGCGCCUUGGGUUGCGGAGCUCUUCCCAGAGCAAUGCCGAGAUGGUGGAUGAAAAGGAGGACGGGUGGGGCGUGGGAGGAUCUGCGGCAAUGCGACAACGUGACAGAGGACUACUUUCAGGACAAGCUGCGCAUGUCGCCACGUGUCUUUCGGGAGAUUGCGGAAGCUCUCUCACCGUUGCUGCAGCGCCGUGUGACAUUCUACAGGGAGCCGCUGCAGCCAGAUCAGAUCGUCGGAGCAUCAGGUUUGGUGGCGGUGAGGGACGUCAAUGCGGCGUUGCUGACGGUCUACCGUGACAAGAUAUCGUGGCCGGCGGGGGUGCGCCAGUCGGCCGUCCUCCGUGCUUUCGUUGGCAAGGGGUUCCCCAACUGUCAUGGCUGCAUUGACUGCACAUAUAUCUACAUCGACAAGCCGGCAAACACCCCUGGCGAGGACUACUACGAUCGGAAACGACGUUUCUCGAUCAUCGCGCAGGUCGUCGUCGAUCUGGACUUGCGUGUGCUGGACGUCUUCGUCGGCUAUCCUGGGAGCUGCCACAACGUGAGGAUCAUUCACCUGUCUAGUCUAUAGCCGCGUGCAGAGGUUGGCGAACUUUUCACGGUACCGCCUGUGAUGCUUCCAUUCGGCGUC